UAAAUGAAUGAUCCUGUAAGAAACAUGUUGCACACGAAAAGUUGAUGCAUAAAACAGAUGAGCAUUUUUUACAAGUGGCGGCUUCAUUUAUUUUCUCUCAGAAAUGUGGAAAAUUUUGCAAAAUUCGUACAUGAUGUAAGGAACGUGCUUCCAUUGGUGGACUGCAUUGUCCGCAAUCCAGCAGGCAUGGGCAAAUCAUUUUUACACACACUAGUCGCUCUCCCCACUAUUCGUAAGUGUUGUUUUGCCCAUGCCUGCUGGUGUAGUGUUAACAUUUGUGAAAAUUGUGGAAUUGUGCACAAUUCGUACUUGUCCCGAAUCGGGUUCUUCAUAUUUUACAGAUCUCGCACAUUUUAUGUAAUACACGAACUUUUAAAAAAUUGAAAUGCUCAUACGGAGUUGUUAUACAAAUUUGUGAAAGUAUAAGAACCGGAAAUAUAUGGAAGUUCGCACGCAGUAAUGAAAAGUAAUGAGAGCACCGAGAGCAACACCAUUGACAUGACGCCACCUCCUUCGAAGAAGGUGGCACGGGCAAAACGAUUUUGUGAUUCAUGGUUAGGGGAACCCGAUUUUUCUUCGUGGCUCCAGAAAUGCGAGGGCAGCCCAUUUAAGGCCUUCUGUACUCUUUGCCAAAGAGAAUUACAAUGCGGGAAAUCAGAACUGAGGAGGCACGCCAGCACGCAAUCGCACAUUACUAUGGUAUGUAACAGAGAAGGCUUGACGGACACAGACAGCGCAGAGUGGGUGGCUUCUGCAUCCCUAAGUGAGCGUGUAAAAAGAGCAGAGAUCAUCUAUGUUCUGAAUAUGGUCGAACAUAGCAGAAGCUUUCACUCGUAUGAGCAACAUAGGAGAGUACAGCUGAGGGCUGUGGAUUCAAUGGAUGUUUUAAAGAAAAUGAAAUUGAAGAGCGCAAAGAUUGCAGCCAUCACGAAGAACGUGAUCAAUGAAGCCAUCGUGAGGAAUGUGACUGAAAUAUUAAGGAAUAUAUCCUUCUCAAUUUUAGUAGAUGUAACCACCGACGUGUCAGGGUACAAAAAUUUAUGCAUCCUGGCGAGAUACAAUUAUGACGGGGCAAACCACACAUAUUUACUGGACUAUCUACACUUGAGAGAAGGAAAUGCCGAACAUUUAUACGAUUGCUUCAAAUACUCCAUGGAAAAAUACAAUAUUCCAGUCAAGAACGUCAUUGGCAUUUCUGUUGACAAUGCAACUGUAAUGAUGGGGAAACAUGAUUCAUUCGUUUCUCGGCUGAUGGCAGAAAACGAUUCAGAAGUUGUCGUUUUGCCAUGUAUAUGCCACUCCAUUCACCUGGCAACCUGCAAUGCAUGUGAGAAGUUGCCUCCGCACGUGGAAUAUUUGUUACUUUCAUUGUACAGGUACUUCACUACAAGCCCUAAAAAAGAGGAAAGUUUGAAAGACAUUCAGGAGAUAAUGAACAUGGCAAAAAAGAAGCUCCUUCAAUCAUCGACAACAAACUGGCUGGCACUGUCACAAUGUAUCGACAGAGUUCUGAAGCAUUGGAAUGUUCUUUACACAUAUUUCGCUGUACAAAUGUAUACAGUGGCAGAUGCAUUAUUUCCCGCGAUGACGUUGGAAGAAGGUAUAUUUAACAGGAUGAACUAUCCACUAACAAAGGCGUACUUGGAGUUUUUGAAUUAUGUCCUUCGGUUGUCCGCGAAUUUCAACGCUCUUUUCCAAACGAACGACAUAAUAGUACACUCUUUCUAUGUCGAAUGUACAAAGUUUCUAACACUCGUAGCAUCAAAUUUUAUGCAACCUGAAGUUAUACAAAGGAACGACUUAUGUACAAUAGAUCCGUAUAAUGGAGAAUAUUUAUUACCAUCAAAUAAAAUUAACGUCGGGCAAGGUGCACGACGUACUCUUUGUGAAUUCACCUCAUCAAUGGAGGAAGGGAAACAAGGGAAAAUAACAGCUUUCUACAAUAAUUGCUUACAAUAUUAUCAAGAACUUUUCCAACAAACAGUUAAAAGACUGCCGUUCCAGAACAACUUCAUACGCGACUUAUCUUUUCUCAUACCAGAAAAUGCUCUGCAAAAGAACAAAAACUUAAGCCAAUUAGAUUCGAUAUUCGAAAAAUUUAAAACGAAAAUUUUGGAAAUGGAUACCACGAAAGAGUGGUGUGAGCUCGGACGGCUCAUUGAACAAAAUGAAGUGGACGAUCUGUCUAAAUUAAAGCCAGUACAAUUUUGGUCUAAAAUACAAUCAAUGAAGUCCUCAAACAAUAAAAACAUGUUUCCAAACAUUUCAAAAUUGGCGAAUAUGUGUCUGUGUCUUCCGCAUUCGAAUGCAGAAAUGGAACGUUUCUUUUUGAUGGUCCGUGAGGUACAAACUUUAGAUAGAAAUCGUUUAAAGCCAGAUACUAUUGCAGCAAUAACAAGAAUAAAACUGCACUUAAGAGACACUAAAAAAACCAGCAUGGACUAUCCUGUAACAGUCGACAUGCUAAAAUUAUUCAAUUCGAAAAUGUAUAAUAGAAAAGUAAUUUCCGCGAAUAUAUCAGACGUAAUUGUAGAAGACGAAGCGGAUGACAAUGAGAGUGCAGAUACUGAUACUGAAUAAAUGUCUUUUUAAAC